CCGAGCGGAGUGAGGGAAAGUGGUUGGCGAGAGGCGGCGGGAGCUGGAGCGGGGCUUCGGCCGAGGUUGGAAAGGGCCUUCCCCGCCUUCGCCGUCCGAGGGGGCACGGAGCGGGGCCAGCCUCCUCCAUUUCUGUAUUUCUGGAUUAGCCCUAGUCUUGCAGACUACAUUCUUCUUCCAGUUCAAGACCACAUGGCAGGAGAGCUUAAAUAAGAGUCAUCUAAUCAAGAGCAAACAUGCAGAGCACUCCAAAUUAUCUCUGGCUUGUAUCAGACAUCCUGGGACAAGGAGCUACUGCAAAUGUUUUCCGCGGACGACACAAGAAAACUGGUGAUUUGUAUGCAGUCAAAGUAUUUAAUAACUUCAGCUUCCUUCGUCCUGAGGAUGUUCAGAUGCGAGAGUUUGAAGUAUUAAAGAAACUGAAUCACAAGAACAUUGUAAAAUUGUUUGCAGUUGAGGAAGAGACAACCUCUAGACAUAAAGUUCUUGUUAUGGAAUUUUGUCCAUGUGGCAGUUUAUACACAGUUUUAGAAGAGCCAUCUAAUGCGUAUGGCUUGCCAGAAUCAGAAUUUUUGAUUGUGUUGAAAGAUGUUGUGGCUGGGAUGAAUCAUCUUCGAGAGAAUGGAAUAGUGCAUCGUGACAUUAAGCCAGGAAAUAUAAUGCGUGUUAUAGGUGAAGAUGGUCAAUCUGUUUAUAAAUUGACAGAUUUUGGGGCUGCUAGGGAACUGGAAGAUGACGAACAGUUUGUCUCCCUCUAUGGUACAGAAGAAUACUUGCACCCUGACAUGUAUGAACGAGCAGUAUUGAGGAAAGAGCACCAAAAGAAGUAUGGUGCAACAGUUGAUUUGUGGAGCAUAGGGGUGACGUUUUACCACGCUGCUACUGGAAGUUUACCCUUUCGGCCUUUUGAAGGACCUCGCAGAAACAAAGAAGUGAUGUAUAAAAUUAUAACUGGAAAGCCUUCUGGUGCAAUAUCUGGAGUCCAAAAAGCAGAAAAUGGUCCAAUUGAAUGGAGCCGGGAUAUGCCAGUUUCUUGCAGUCUCUCUAAAGGCCUGCAAGUGCUGCUCACGCCUGUUCUUGCAAAUAUUCUUGAAGCAGAUCAAGAGAAAUGCUGGGGAUUUGAUCAGUUUUUUGCAGAGACUAGUGACAUACUCCACCGGAUUAUUAUUCAUGUAUUCUCUCUGCAACAAAUGACUGCACACAAAAUUUAUAUUCACAACUAUAAUACUGCAGCCAUAUUUCAUGAACUGGUCUACAAACAGACAAAAAUAGCCUUGCUAAAUCAAGAACUGAUAUAUGAAGGCCGGCGUUUAGUACUAGAGCCCAGUCGAUUGGCACAACAUUUCCCCAGAACUACUGAAGAAAAUCCUAUAAUUGUAGUAAGCAGGGAGCCUGUGAACAUCAUAGGAUUACUCUAUGAAGAAAUUUCACUUCCUAAGGUCCAUCAGCGUUAUGACUUGGAUAGUGAUGCAAGUAUGGCUAAAACAGUGACAGGUGUUGUAUGUUACGCUUGUAGAGUUGCCCGUGCUUUAUUGCUUUACCAGGAACUGAUGCGAAAGGGGAUUCGAUGGUUAAUUGAAAUAAUCAAAGAAGAUUGCAAUGAAACAGUGCAUGAAAAGACUGAGGUUGUCAUCAGGUUAGAAUUUUGCAACAGAAGUCUAGAGAAAGCUGGGAAAAUAUAUCAAGAUAUGAGGCAGAUGAAUCUCGCUCCAUCAGAAGGAGAUAAAAUUUCAGACAUACACUCAAAGCUAUUACGGCUUUCCAAUUCACGGGGAACCAUAGAGUCUAGUCUUCAGGAGAUUAAAAGCAAACUCUCUCCUAAUGGCCAGCUGACCGAUGGCUGGGCUAACCAGGAAGGCACACAUCCAAAAGACAGAAACCCAGAAAGAUUACAAGUACUACUGAAUUCUAUAUCAGAUAUUUAUUACCAGUUCAAAAAAGACAAAACUGAACGAAGACUUCCUUAUAAUGAAGAACAAAUACACAAAUUUGACAAGCAGAAGCUUUGUUUACAUGCCACAAAAGCCAUGACUCUGUUCAAUGAAGAAUGUGUCAGCAAGUAUAAAAUAUUUUUGAACAAGGCAGAGGACUGGAUGAGGAAGAUGCUCCACUUAAGGAGACAGUUACUGACUCUCAGAAAGCAGUGCUUUGAUAUUGAAGAAGAGGUAUCCAGAUAUCAGGUCUUUGUAAAUGAGUUACAAGAAACUUUGCCCCAUAAGAUGAUGGCAGUUUCCAGUGGGAUCAAACACUCAAUUAAUCCAGUUUACCCUAGUUCAAACACUUUGGUGGAAAUGACUCUUGGCAUGAAGAAACUGAAAGAAGAAAUGGAAGGUGUUGUUAAAGAAUUAACAGAGAAUAAUCAUCUUUUGGAAAGGUUUGGAGCUUUGACUAUGGAUGGUGGCCCACAAAAUGUGGAUUGUAUCUAGUUGUAUAGUUACUGUGACACAAUUUGAUGACUUUGCACACAAAAAGAGCCUUUACAGGCAGAUACUCUGCACUCGGCUCCCUCUCCCUAGUAUUUAACAAAAGUAUGUAAAUAUGUAUAUACUGUAAAUACAGUAAAAUAUAUCACUUUUGGUAUUGUUUAAAAAUGGUCUUAACAUUUUAGGAAACACUAGAAUUUCCCCUACAAAACUAAUUGUGGCUGCAGAUUUGUGAGCACACGGGUACAAGGCAUUUACUUUGAAUGUGGUUCUUCACUUUCUGGUGAACUUCGCUGGGGAGAUUUUGGUGUUGAGUUCGUCUGCUAUUUAGACUACCUUUUCAGCCAUCUGAAUGCUGAAUACUUCAGUUAGGAUAAUCUGGACUUAACCUGCUUGCUUUUAUUCACUGUGAACAGAUGUGUCAUUAAAUACUAAAAAAAAAAAUCCAUUCUCACCAGUACCUUAAAUGGCAGUGUUUAAUUUUGACUGUGAAAGGAAGUGCUGUGUUUUCAAUCAUGUCUGCUUCUGGUGCAUCAAUCCUUUAUCAAAACUAUAAUUUGCCUACUUGGGACUUCUAAGCAAGCAAGCAUGAAUCCAAUCUUCUAGUUUGCUAAAAUCACAGGUAAAGUGUUGCUUAUCCUUGUGGGUGACGUAUAAUUUAAUACUAGUGGUGGUUCUUUCUCUGAUGAAGGCUGUCAUCUAAAGCAAACAGAUCGGUGAGAACAAUUUCCAUCCUGCAUAAAUCAGUGAAAUUCUUUUUAUUAAUUCAAUUUUAAAAUGUUUGGCAAUAACAAAUAAAGCAUGCAAAAGUUAGCACAAUUGUGUUUAUGCACAAGUAAGUGCUUCGUUUUUUACCUCUAGUGCUUCUUAUGCGAUAAAAUGCAUCCCAGUUCACUUCUAAGUGGAAUCUAGUCCUAUCGAUGUUAGGAAUUGAGUGUUUACCUGAGACAGGGCAUUAAGGCUGCAGUUGUCAGCCAAUUUAUUCCAGAUCAGACUUGAAAGAGACCAAGUGAUUUAUUGAGACUGUACCUGAAUUAAGAGGGCUGAGGACUGUGGCCUUUAUUGUUUUCACUGUGGCUUGCAUAGGUGAGGUUUCCAGUGAAUUGUGUCUUCUGUCUCAAACAGUUUAACAUGCAAGAAACUUAAAUAUCCUUACAUGGAAACGUCCUGAAGUUGUGUUAAGUUGCACAGAGAGGUUUUUCAAGCAUUACUGCCCCAAUAUUAGGCACAUGAAGUCUUUGGACCAAAGAACUUUUUUACUCAAUUCAUUCAAUUUUGAGCAGACUAAUAACAGUGAAGCAGUACAGGUUACCUAUCCAGGUUUCUUGGAAACAGCGGCAUUAUGAUGUAUACAAGUAAAAGAUCCAAAGGAGUUAGCCAUAUUAGUCUAUAGUAACAAAAUAGUAAAGAGUCCAGUAGCACCUUUAACGACUAACCAACUUUAUUGUGGCAUAAGCUUUUAAGAAUCACAGUUCUCUUAGUCAGAUGCAUCUGACGAAGAGAACUGAUUCUCGAAAGCUUAUGCUACAAUAAAGUUGGUUAAGCUUUAAGGUGCUACUGGACUCUUUACAAGUAAAAGGGACUCUGUAAAGAGCAAGGUUGCAAUCCUCUAUGAAGGCUAUUUAAAUCACAUUAAUUAACCCCAUUGAAUAAAUCUAAGUACAGUAUCUUCUUUGGUCCAAAGUAAUUUAUAGUAAUUAUUGAUAUAUAGAGCUAAGUUUACAGAUUCACAAGAUGAACUUAAUACCAUGUUCAUUGACAGUAACUCUGUGAAAUCUUGCUGUCAUAUUGUAUAUAAAUACAUUUGUUUAAUUACAUUUCUGUAAUUUUAUGAAAUCAUUUUGUACUUCAGUAGAAUCAUUGUUUUUGCUCACUGAAACUGGGGUGAGGAGGAAAAAUGGAUUUUUUAUUUUCUUUAUACAGCCUGUCUUCAAGAAGUAGUUUAAUUGUUAACUUGGUUUAUAUGCUAUUAUGUAUAACAGCUUGCAUAUUUUAAAACAUUUUAUAUUUUAUACUGUAUUGGGUCAAAAACCUCUUGUUUUUAGCUAGGUAAUUGCAUCAGUAGCAUAUGGGCUUAUAAUUCAUUUAGGAGUGAUGUACUGCAAAUUAUUGUAAAAAGAAAAAACCCAAAUUUUCACAUUUGUAAUUAUUUUUCAUUGGUGAAAAAAGGAAUUUAUAUUUUCAUGUAAGCUGUACUUCACUUGAAGCUUUAAGUCAAGACUGCUUAUAUUUAUGUUGAAUGUCAUAUUAUUAAUCAUGUUCAGAAAAAAAUAGAUGGAAAGAUAAUUUUAAAAUGAGACAGCUGUGUUUUGGUAAAAUAGUACAUUGCAGUAUUCACUUAGAACAAGCCUAUCCUCUUAUUCUGUAUAGAAAAGCACGAGUGAUUCUCUAUGCAAAUACAGUAUCUACUACUUACUUUGUCUU